GAAAAUGGUGGUUUCUUGACAAUGGGCUACUAAACAUUACCAGCGUGUCUUUUGAAGACAGAGGUAAAUACACGUGUGUCGCAUCUAAUACAUAUGGCAGUGUUAACAAUACUGUGACGCUGAGGGUUGUUUUUACCUCUGGAGAUAUGGGAAUCUAUUACAUGAUUGUCUGCCUUGUAGCUUUUACUAUUGUUAUGAUACUGAACAUUACUCGCUUAUGUAUGAUGAGCAGUCAUCUGAAGAAAACAGAGAAAGCAAUCAAUGAAUUUUUCAGAACAGAAGGGGCAGAGAAACUCCAGAAAGCCUUUGAGAUUGCAAAGCGUAUCCCAAUUAUCACUUCAGCCAAAACGCUCGAGCUUGCCAAAGUAACACAGUUUAAGACCAUGGAAUUUGCUCGCUAUAUUGAAGAGCUUGCUAGGAGCGUACCUUUGCCACCCCUCAUCAUGAACUGCAGGACUAUAAUGGAAGAAAUUAUGGAGGUUGUUGGUCUGGAGGAGCAAGGACAGAAUUUUGUACGGCAGACAGCAGAAGGCCAGGAAACCACUGAAACAGAUGAGCUGUAUAUGAUCCCGAAUGCUUUGAAGCGCAGUGACUCUCCCACAGCUGACUCUGAUGCAUCGUCACUGCAUGAGCCACCUCAACAGAUUGCAAUAAAAGUGUCGGUUCACCCAUUGUCCAGAAAGGACUGCAUGGAUGGUCAGUCACAAGAAAGCAUGCAGUUGGACACCAAGGAAGAAGACACUCCUCAAACACCAGCACUUCCUGCAGAGCCCCCUCCUGAGCCUUCUGCUGAACUCAGUUCUGAUGACAUAGCAUUGGCAAAUGACAAAAAUACAUGCAUUAUAUAUGAAAGCCAUGUAUGA